UCAACCACAAUAGGGUGAACUGGCGUACCGGUAGCAGAGAAAAUCAUAUAUUUAAGUUAAAUUGCAAUAUUAUUUAGGAUGCAGACGUCUGCAAGAGAUGACAAACCUCUUUCUGGAAAGGUUGCCGUGGUAACAGGUGCCUCUAGUGGCAUUGGUGCUGCCAUCUCUCGUCAACUGGCUGCUGCUGGUGCAAAGGUCGCCAUGGCAGCAAGACGGGAGAACUUGUUAAAAGAAAUCCAGGAUGAAAUUUUAAAGGAAGGGGGCGAAGCUCUAGCAGUGAAAUGCGAUGUUACGAACAGAGCUGAGGUGAAGGAGCUUAUUCAGCACACAGAAAGCACCCUGGGUCCCGUGGAUAUCUUGGUGAAUAACGCUGGUUACUGGGUGAUAAGGUGUAUGAAGAACCUUCACGAGGAGGAGUGGGAUCAGCAAGUGGAUGUGAACAUCAAGGGAGUGUUGAACUGCAUCGGAGCUGUGAUCUCAGGGAUGUGUGAAAGAAAAAGUGGUCAUAUCGUCAACAUGUCAUCAGAAAAUGGAAAGAAGGCUUUUGUAGGGUUUGCCGUGUACACAGGGUCGAAGUUCUUCGUAGAGGGGAUGUCACGGACGCUCCGUAAGGAAGUUUGCAAGGAUGGCGUUCGCGUUACUUGUAUUCAGCCUGGUGAUGUUGAAACGCCCGGUUACGCUCACAGUUUGAUGACAAUCGAAGAUAAGCAGUGUAAACCGCUGUACACUUACCCUUUUCCUUAUCCAAUUAUGGAACCUGAAGUUAUCGCCCAGGCAGUCCUUUAUGCAGUCACGCAGCCAGAUCACGUGGCCGUCAACGAGAUUCUCGUGCAGCCCAGGGAGAACCCGCUGUAGAUCAUAUCACUUCUCAAGUGCAUUCUCCCAGUGGUAACGGUACUAGACACUGCACAGCGCUUUUGAAAUAUUUGAUUGAAAGACGUACAAUAAACUUUCAAAACAGUUUUAUUGCACACUGCUACUGUCAUUAUGACGUGAUUUCAAAUAUCUGUACAUAUAACACUUCUGCGUGGGGCUCCUUUAGACAACAUGCAUGUAUCUAGAAAUAAUCAUUUUUACCUAAAAAAAUAGUAUUCUGUCUUGAAAUAUCAGAUUACUACACAUUUGCAGUUUGACAUGAAAUAAGUGAGGCUUUAAUUACCAACCAAUUACUGGUGUGAAAAGGAAUUAGAUGCGUUUAGGGUGUUUUUAUUUUAUUGCUUUAAAUCCCAGUGAACAGAAUUACAAGGAAACAGAACUGUGAAUGAAGUAUCCUCCUGUGAAAAUCUAGUAUUUGGAGUAAAUAAUUAAAAUUUAUUAUCACCACCAAAUCGUUAUAUAUCGCUACUGUAUUGCAAAAAAUUAUGUACUGUACAUAUACCUACUGAUUUGCCCUUUUUCAGAAAAAAGUUGAUUGCACUUCUUCUAUUUGUGCAUACUUACUUGAAUUCUUUUUCCGUGAAUGGAUUCCUGGGCGACACGUAAGUCAACUCAGACGUUUAUUUUUAUGCAUUUCAUAUUUUUGAUUUUUAACAAAUUCAUUGCAUUCGUAUGUUGCUUGAGUUUACACCAGAGGAAUCCUGAGACGUAUAUUAUUUUUAUAUCGUUAAAUAA